AUGGCUGCACCUAUCGCACAUUUCGACGAGGACUGGCCGACCCUGGGUGCAGUAAACAUGGUUUCCGACGAGCGGCUGCAGCUGGCACAGAAAGGCCGCUCCGCCGCCGCCGCAGGGGAAGCUCCGCCGCAGCUCCUCCUGGAUGAUGAUGAUCUUCCGGAGCUGCACGACGGCGGCUUCUCCAUGGGGGACAGCGGCGGUUUCAGGUCCAUGGAGGACUUGGUGAACGAUUUCGACGAGAAGUUGUCCGUGUGCUUCCGAAAUUUUGACGUCGAGACGGACAGCAUCGCUCCAGUGAGUGAGAUAACGGAGGACGCGCUGCUGGAGAAAGACGAAAUCUGGAACGCUUUAACCAGCAACUACGGCCACGUGAUGCCGGUGGACUGGAAACAGUCGCGGACAUGUUCCCUCCACCUCCCCAACCUGGAGGAGAAACCCAGGGAGGCAGAUGUCGUGGCGGAGCUGUCGGACGACGAGGAGCUGAGGGAGCAGCUGGACAUGCACUCCAUCAUCGUCUCCUGCCUCGCCGAGGAGCCUCUCUUCACAGCCGAGCAGGUCAUCGAGGAGAUCGAGGAAAUGAUGCAGGACUCUCCGGACAUGGAGGCGGCGCACAAUCCGUCGCAGUCGGACCUGUCGAUGCUCUCUCUGGACGUCCAGCGCUCCAGCUGCAACCCCGACUAUGAGGAGAGGGUGAGGAGCCUGAGCGUCGCAGAGCUGAACGAGCAUCUGGAGGAGACGGAGACGAACAUCAGGAGGUUUUCGGAGGAGCUGGUGCAGCAGCUGGCGCUCAGGGAUGAGCUGGACUUUGAGAAAGAGGUGAAGAACAGCUUCAUCUCGGCGCUCAUCGACGUACAAAACCGGCAGAAGGAGCAUCGAGAGUCGCUGAAGAAGAAGAAGAAGCUGAAAGGUGGAGCCGGGACGUCGCAGAGCCUCGCGGAGAAAACACUGGGAUCACGCUUCAGCAUGGAGGGACUCUCCUCUGUCAUUCAAAACAGCUUCCGGCAAACUUUUGGAAGCGGGUGCAGUGAAAGACAGUAUUUGACUACAGUCAUCCCUUAUGAGAAAAAAGGACACCCUCCUUCCAUUGAAGACCUCCAGAUCCUGACCAAAAUUCUACAAGCGAUGAGGGACGACAGUGACAAGGUGCCCAGUCUCUUAACAGACUACAUUCUCAAAGUGCUUUGCCCGACGUAGACCAGAACCUGACACUCUGCAGAAAGUUUACCACGGCGACCAGAAGAAGAAGAAGAGGACUCAUUGUAUUUUUUCCGCAAACAUGAAGCACACUUAAUUUAUUCCUGCAUGUUUUUACCUCUGUGUGUCUUUUUUGUGUGUGUUUUGAUUUCCAUUCAGCUGUAUUUAUUUUGAAUUGAGAUUUGCAAACCUUGUGUGGUCGAUUCCUGUGAAUUUUGACCUUUUUUGUGUGCAUUUUUAAUUUUCUCAUGCUGUGAAAAUGUACUGAGGCGGUUACAGAGCAGAGCUGAAGUGCGAAGGGCUUUGCAUUUAUGAGCUCAGCAAAGCAGCGAAUGCACAGAAGUUGCAGUAUUAAAGCAUUGUAAUGAGAGAUUUUGACGAAUCAAAUCAUGUAAAUCAUAAACAGAAGAGUACUUUAAGAUUAAAGAAAGUAUUACAGCAGCAAUAAUAGCAACUACAUCAGUUAGUUACCUUAAACCAGUGUGCAUGAACAACAUACAAUCCACAGCUUCCUUGUAGCUGCAGACCGUCCAUCAGCUUUCAUCUCAGCGGUGCACUGAACACACCAUCGAUAUUAUUUAAUGGAGGAUAAUGAGUUGAUGUCUGACGCGAUGCACUCUGGGCUUCUAUGAACUAAUAACUAACUAUGCAUUUGAAUUGUGACCCACACACUGUCUGUACUUUGUGACUGGAGCUCUGAAUCAGAGCCUCGACGUGCCUCCAGGGCAGCGAACACCACGAUGGGCAUUGUUACUCUCUACGUAGGACUUUAUACAAGCUGCCUUUGCCUUUGCCUGAACUUUUGUACAUUAUAAAAGACUUAUUUUCAAUGAAUGUCAUGCGACUGGACGACGUCAAGAACACGCCUCACUCUGUAUUUAUUUUGUAAAUAUUGUAUUUCAGAUAUAUUGAUAAAGACCUUGUCCUCUUUGCCUCA